GAAGAAUUUGUCACCAGUACACUUGCCCUACAAGAAAUUCAAAAGGGAGUCCUUCAGGCUGAAAGUGAAAGAUGCUAGAUAGCCAUAUAUAGAAAUAAAGAACACCAGUAAAGAACUUCGGGCUCAAGAGGGUGGCAGCAGCCAUGUUGCUACAGCGUUGCCCAGUGCUUAUCCGGAGCCCCACAGCCCUCCUGGGCAAGAUGAUUAAGACUCACCAGUUCCUGUUUGGUAUUGGACGCUGUCCCAUCCUGGCCACCCAAGGAACAACCUGUUCUCAAAUCCACCUUAAGGCAACCAAGGCUGGAGGGGACUCUCCAUCUUGGGUCAAGAGCCACUGUCCCUUCAUGCUGUUGGAACUCCAGGAUGGGAAGAGUAAAAUUGUGCAGAAGGCAGCCCCAGAAGUCCAGGAGGAUGUGAAGAGUUUCAAGACAGACCUGCCCAUCUCCCUGUCCUCAACCAGCCUGAGGAAGCCAUUCUUCAGUCCCCAGGAGUCAGAAAAAAAUUCAGAGAAGGUCACGCACCUGAUUCAGAACAACAUGGCUGGAAACCAUGUCUUUGGUUAUGACCAGUUUUUUAGGAACAAGAUCAUGGAGAAGAAACAGGACCACACCUACCGUGUUUUCAAGACUGUGAACCGCUGGGCUGAUGCAUACCCCUUUGCUGAACACUUCUUUGAGGCAUCUGUGGCUUCAAAGGAUGUGUCUGUCUGGUGCAGUAAUGACUACCUGGGCAUGAGUCGGCACCCUCGGGUCUUGCAAGCCACACAGGAGACCCUGCAGCGUCACGGAGCUGGAGCUGGUGGCACCCGCAACAUCUCGGGUACCAGCAGGUUUCAUGUUGAGCUGGAGCAAGAGCUGGCUGAGCUGCACCAGAAGGACUCAGCCCUGCUCUUCUCUUCCUGCUUUGUGGCCAAUGACUCUACUCUCUUCACAUUGGCCAAGAUCUUGCCAGGGUGUGAGAUUUACUCAGAUGCAGGCAACCAUGCUUCAAUGAUCCAAGGUAUCCGCAAUAGUGGAGCAGCAAAGUUUGUCUUCAGGCACAAUGACCCUGACCACCUGAGGAAACUUCUAAAGAAGUCCAACCCUGAGACACCCAAAAUUGUGGCCUUUGAGACUGUUCACUCCAUGGAUGGUGCCAUCUGUCCCCUUGAAGAGUUGUGUGAUGUGGCCCACCAGUAUGGGGCUCUGACCUUCGUGGAUGAGGUUCAUGCUGUAGGACUGUAUGGGUCCCGGGGUGCUGGGAUUGGGGAGCGUGAUGGAAUUAUGCACAAGAUUGACAUCAUCUCUGGAACUCUUGGCAAGGCCUUUGGCUGUGUGGGCGGCUACAUCGCCAGUACCCGUGACUUGGUGGACAUGGUGCGCUCCUAUGCUGCUGGCUUCAUCUUCACCACUUCACUGCCUCCCAUGGUGCUCUCUGGGGCUCUGGAAUCUGUGCGGCUGCUCAAGGGAGAGGAAGGCCAAGCCCUGAGGCGGGCCCACCAGCGCAAUGUCAAGCACAUGCGUCAGCUACUAAUGGACAGAGGCCUUCCUGUCAUCCCAUGCCCCAGCCACAUCAUCCCCAUUCGGGUGGGUGAUGCAGCGCUGAACAGCAGGAUCUGUGAUCUCCUGCUCUCCAAGCAUGGCAUCUAUGUGCAAGCCAUCAACUACCCAACUGUCCCCCGGGGUGAGGAGCUGCUGCGCUUGGCACCCUCCCCCCACCACAGCCCUCAGAUGAUGGAAGACUUUGUGGCUGGAAGACACAUCUAUGUUCCUGUGGCUCUUCUGCAAACGAAUCAAGGAAUCUUCCUACAGCCUCUUCUUUGAGCCAAGCCUACUGCUGAGUUGGACUGUGCCACCAUAAGUUACUUAUCCCUCCCCUUAUGAGGCAAGCUAUGAUGAGAACUGACUUGGAGAUUCUAGGGCAGUGGUCCUCAAGCCUGAAUAUACAAUAAAAUCAGCCUGGGAGCUUUUAAAACAUACUGCUACCCUGGCCCCACACCCAAUAGAUUCUGAUUUAAUUGGUCUAGGGUUGCACCAAGGUAUUGACAUUUUUGUAAAAGCUCCUUGUACUAAUGUACUUUCAGGGGUUGAGAACCAUUGGCAUAGAGGGACUCAGAGAUGAGAGGUUCACACAAGAAAAGAAGACAGAGGGGGAGCAUGCCUACCAAUUAAGAGGACAGUGAGAAAAGACAAAAUGAGAAUAACUUUUGCAAUGGGCAGAGAGGAGAUGACCUGGCUGGAGUGGAUGGAGUGUGUAGCAGUGCUGAGGAUGGAAACGGAGACUGGGCGCAGAAAAGAAAGAGUUUUGAAUGCCAGGCCUGUGUGUUUUCUCUGCAUCACAAAGGUAACAGGGAGGUGUUGAAGGUUCAUGAGCAGGAAACAUAGUAUAUUAGGGAAAUGAUCAAGGCAAUAUGGAGUUCCAGGCCCUUGAAAUCUGACUGAAACUCUCCAGCCCCAUCUCCUGCUACUCACCUUCCUUCUCUGGCACACCCUAAUAAGAAUGGGACUUGUAGUUUCCAAUGCACACCAGCCAAAUUCUCACCUUUCAGCCUUUGCUCAUCAUGCUAGAAUUCUUUGCUUCCCACCCCAAAGCUCUGUUCUACUCAUCUUUUAAGAUUCAGAGAUUUUAAGAUAUCUCCCCCAAUGUCCUGGCUGGCCCGAAUCCUAUUUCCGGGCUCUCCUAACCUCCUGGGCUGCUGUCUCUGCCUCAGCCCUGAAGACACCAUUCUAUAAUUGACUGGUCAUGUGUCCAUACCCCACCACCAUGCUGAGAGCUCUGAGGGGCCGAGCCAGAACUGACUACUAACUGAGUCCACAGCACAAUCCUCAGUGCUUUGAGAAUAGAAUUUCAAACUAAGCUCUGCUUUUCCAUGAAGGAAGCUUGUCCCUGGGCCAAAAAACCAGCAUUGAUUGGUUGGCUAAACAGAACCAUAGUCAGGAGUGAGGUCAAAGGCCUCGAGGGAG